GUCCCCUCGUCCCCUGUGUCCUCAUGUCCCCUGUGUCCCGGUGUCCCCGCGGUGCCAGCUCUGUCGCUGUCUGUCAGGCGGAGCCGAGGGCUGAGGGUGACACCGCCGAGAAGGAACCGUCGGCCCCGGACCCCCCCGAGGACGAAGGGCAGCGCCACGGCUUCCUCAUCCUCAGCCGCGAGGACUCCACCAUGAUCCUGCAGACGGGGCAGGAGAUCAUGGAGCUGGACACCAGCGGCUUCGCCACGCAGGGCCCCACCAUCUUCGCCGGGAACAUCGGGGACAACCGCUACAUCGUCCAGGUGUCACCGCUCGGCGUGCGCCUGCUGGAGGGGGUGAACCAGCUGCACUUUGUCCCCGUGGACCUGGGCUCCCCGCUGGUGCACUGCGCGGUGGCCGACCCCUACGUGGUGCUGCUGAGCGCCGAGGGCCAGGUCUGCUGCCUCGUCCUCAAGAGCGACACCUACGGCGGCCGCACGCACCGCCUGGCGCUGCUCAAGACCCCGCUGCACCCCCAGCCGAAGGUGAUGGCGCUGUGCGUGUACCGCGACGUCAGUGGGAUGUUCACCACCGAGAGCCGCAGCAGCUGCGCCCGCGAGGAGCUGUCCCUGCGCGGUCCCAGCGAGGCCGAGACCCUCAUCCAGGACAUCAGGUGGCACCGCGGUGACACCGGGGGGGGGCAGGGGUGGCCCCGGGGUGGGGGGUGACGGCAGAGUAGGGACGUCGGGGAGGGUGGCAAUGGAAUGGGUGAUCAUGGGGGAGUGACGGCAGGUGGGUGACAACAGCGUGGGUGACACUGGAGUGGGUGACAGCGGGGUGGGUGACGCCGGGGUGGGUGACAGUGAGGUGGGUGACACCAGAAUGUGUGACGCUGGGAUAGUGACACUGAGGUGGGUGACACUGGAGUGGGUGACAGUGAGGUGGGUGACCCCGGGGUGGGUGACCAUGAGGUGGGUGACACGAGAAUGUGUGACGCCGGGAUGGUGACACCGGGGUGGGUGACACUGGAGUGGGUGACAGUGGGGUGGGUGACCCCGGGGUGGGUGACCAUGAGGUGGGUGACACGAGAAUGUGUGACGCCGGGAUGGUGACACUGGGGUGGGUGACACUGGAGUGGGUGACAGUGGGGUGGGUGGCGCCGGGGUGGGUGACCGUGAGAUGGGGGACACGAGAAUGUGUGAUGGUGGGAUGGUGACACCGGGGUGGGUGACACUGGGAUAGUGACACCGGGGUGGGUGACACCGGAGUGGGUGACACCAGGGUGAGUGACAAUGGAAUGGGAGAUCCUGGGAUUGGGUGACACCAGGGUGGGGGACAGUGAGGUGGGUGACACCAGAAUGUGUGACGCUGGGAUAGUGACACGGAGGUGGGUGACACUGGAGUGGGUGACAGUGAGGUGGGUGACACCUGGGAUAGUGACACUGAGGUGGGUGACACUGGAGUGGGUGACACCUGGGUGGGUGACAUCGGGAUAGUGACACUGGGGUGGGUGACACCAGAGUGAGUGACAAUGGAAUGGGUGAUACUGGGAUUGAGUGACACCAGGGUGGGUGACAGUGAGGUGGGUGACACCUGGGUGGGUGACACUGGGAUAGUGACACCGGGGUGGGUGACACUGGAGUGGGUGACAGUGAGGUUGGUGCCACCUGGGUGGGUGACACCAGGGUGGUGGCAGAAGGGAGGUGACCUUGGGAUGGUGACAUUGGGAAGGUGACAGCGGAGCGGUGACAUUGGGGUGGUGACAUUGGGGUGGUGACACUGGGGUGGUGAUGGGGGUGGUGACAUUGGGGAGGUGACAUUGGGGUGGUGACACUGGGGUGGUGAUGGAGGUGGUGACAUUGGGGUGGUGACAUUGGGGAGGUGACACUAGGGUGGUGACACUGGGGUGUUGAUGGGGGUAGUGACAUUGUGGUGAUGACUUUGGGGUGGUGAUGGAGGUGUGACAUUGUAGUGGUGACAUUGUGGUGGUGACGUUGGGGUGGUGAUGGAGGUGGUGACAUUGUGGUGGUGACAUUGGGGUGGUGACAUGGGGGUGGUGGCAUUGGGGUGCUGA